ACUCCGCGGGAUCCCGCAGUUCUCCUGUAUCUCAGCCUGAAGAGCUCCGAGACCAGAAUCCAGACUCAGUCCAGGACAACACGGUCCACCAGUCACAGCGGAGACCUGCAGGACGAUGGAGAACCAGAACCCGGACCACAGGAGCCAAACAGCAGUCUCGUGCUCUGAUAGCACCGAUGUUCAGAAACAAAGAGAGGGACUCAAACGUCACUGCUGUCACUUCUGUGACAAAUCCUUCAAAUCAUCUGGAAAUUUAAAGAGUCAUCUGAGAAUUCACACUGGAGAAAAACCUUACACCUGUGACCACUGUGGGAAAGCUUUCGCUCAAUUAGUUAACCUAGAAGUGCAUCUACGCGUUCACACUGGAGAGAAACCGUACAGCUGUGAUCACUGUGGGAAAGCUUUCAGUAGAUCAGCUAACCUAGAUGUUCACCGUCGUCUUCACACUGGAGAGAGGCCGUACUGGUGUGACCAAUGUGGGAAAUCUUUCACUGCACCAAGUAACCUGAAAGUCCACCGUCGCGUUCACACCGGAGAGAAACCGUACAGGUGUGACAUAUGUGGAAAAGGUCUCACGACAUCCGUUGAAUUAAGAAGGCACCGUCGCGUUCACUCUGGAGAGAAACCGUUCAGCUGUGACCAAUGUGGGAAAAGUUUCUCUACAGCAAGUCACCUGAAGGACCACUGUCGUGUUCACACUGGUGAGAAACCAUACAGGUGUGGGCAGUGUGGAAAAGCUUUCGCUUUAUCAGGUAACCUAGAAAUGCACCGACGUGUUCACACUGGAGAAAAACCUUACUGGUGUGAUCAGUGUGGGAAAGCUUUUACUCAACAUAGUAACCUUGUAGUCCACCAACGCAAACACGCUGCUUCCCUCUGAACAUACACUCACCUAAAGGAUUAUUAGGAACACCAGACUAAUACUGUGUUUGACCCUCUUUCGCCUUCAGAACUGCCUUAAUUCUACGUGGCAUUGAUUCAACAAGGUGCUGAAAGCAUUCU